GCACAGAUGAUGACGCGAGUGUGCAUGACCAAGUGCUGUGGGCGAUCCACCAGAGUGGGUUCGACGACCUUCUGAAGUUCAUUGCCAGCUCGGACAGCGAGCAGCAGUGGUGCAUGCACGUCCUGGAGAUCGUCUCCCUCAUGUGCCGAGAACAGACCUCGGAGCAGCUGGCCCGUGCCGGCCAGGGUCGGUCCUCGGGGGAGAAGGCUCAGGACGAACUUGAACUCCAGACCACGCGGCAGCGGGAACUGGCCGAUCGACAGGCGAGAAUCCGCGCUCUGGGAACCAGACACUCUCGGUUCGGCGGUACGUUUGUUGUCCAGGGGAUGAAGUCCAUCAGUGACAAGGACCUGAUCUACCAUCAACCUUUGAAAGAGAUCAGUCAAGUGUCUUUCGACAGAGAAAAGAACCCGAAGCGAAAGCCGAAGAAUCGCCAGCCGAUGAAAGACGGAGACGGAACUCGACGGUCGACGCUGAGCAUCCGGCUCUUCCUCAAACAGUUCUGCGAGGACUUCCUGGAGAACUGCUACAACGGGCUCAUGCGCACGGUUAAGGAUAACCUGGUGCGGAUGAAGACUCAGGACCACGACGAGACCUACUACCUCUGGGCCAUGAGGUUCUUCAUGGAGUUCAACCGAGUUCACAACUUCAGGGUCGACAUGGUCAGUGAGACGGUGUCAGUUCGCACGUUCCACUUCAUCGAGACGAACCUGACCAACUUCUACGAGAUGAUGCUGACGGACAAGGAUGACAUCACCGCCUGGUCACGCAGGAUGCACCUUGCCCUGAAGGCGUAUAAUGAGCUCCUGAUGACUGUCAACGCGAUGGACUCCUCCAAAGACCCGACCGUGAGGGACAGCGCAAAUGUCAUCAAGAGUAACAUCUUCUAUGUGAUGGAGUACAGAGAGAUUUUCCUCACUCUGCUGAGGAAGUUUGACGAGACCAAACAACCAAAAACAUACCUGAAGGACCUGAUUGAGACAACUCACGUGUUUAUCAAGAUGCUGGAACGUUUCUGUAAGACUAAAGGUCACGUGGUCGUACAGAAAAAGCGCAGGAAGACCAAACGCAGAAAGCGAACAGCUGAACAAGAAUCAGCAGGACCUGCGGAGCCCUCAGAAGAAGACCUGAACACGAUGUGGGACGGUCUGAGCGGGGAGCUUUCAACGUUCAUUCAGGGGGAGGGGGAGCUGCCUCAGGACGUGGCUCCGUUUGAUGCAACCCUCGACACCCCCCUAGAGGAACAACGUGUCCAGGCAAUGAUUUUGAUCCAGGACAGUUUGAGAGGUGGAGACCCGGGUAGAGCUCUGGCAACACUCCGAGCUGCAAGAGAGGUGUGGCCUGACGGAGCGUUCGGAACAGCUGACAUCUCGCAGGAGGACGAGUUUAUGGCGCUGAGGGAGAUCUGCUUUACCGCUCUGCCACGCCCUGCUACAGAACAGCCUGAAGACAACCCUGAGCCUGGGGAGGAAGGAGAUGCCGAGGCUGAGGAAGAAGAAGUGCCCCAGUUUAACGUGGCUGAACAGGACUUCAACUUUCAGGACUACAUAAGGAGAUUUGCCAACCCGCAAAUGCUGAAACCUUAUGUUCGACUGCUGGCUGAUUACCGUACCAACUCCACACACAUUAACCACUGUAUCGCCAAGAUGCUGCACCGAGUGGCGUGGGACUGUAAAAUGGAGGGCCUGCUGUUCCAGAUCUCUCUUUUCCGCAUCUUCCAACGACUCUUGGAGGAUCCGGCCGGGUCCACUUACUCGGAGCUGACCAAGUUUGCUAAGUACGUGCUGGGGCGUUUCUUCAGCCUUGUGACGCGAGCAGGUCCCUCGGACGGGAGCGGGAACAUCUUCCCGGAGCUGCUGUUCUGGAAGGGAGCGAAGGAAGCUUACGAGAUGACAGAGGGAUACGGGUCAUACCAGGAAGUGAGGAAGCAGAAGCGCGGAGGUGUGGAGUGGUCUCCAGAUGAGCAGGAGGAACUGGUCAUGUGGUACAACAGGUUCAAGGAGGAGGGAGGAGAUGAGGACAUUGUGGACCGGAUCAGACAGAACAUCUCUGACCCCAACAAGAACAGACAACAGAUUAUCACUCAGCUGGUGAUGCAGGGAGUUGUCCAGGACCGGAGUGAGCUCAAGAGAAAGAAGCGACCACGUCACAGCGCCAUCUGGAGAGAGGAGGAGGAACUGCAGCUUCAGCAGCUGUUUGACAAACACAAACAUUCUGAUGAUCCAGUUGGAGACAUUAUGUCUGAGAUGACAGAAAAGCGGUCAAAGAAGAAAGUGGUUGAGAAGUUGCUGGACAUGGGUCUGGUCUCGGACAGGAAGGACCUUUACAAGAAACGCCGCCGAAAGGGAGGCAAGAAAAAGGACAAGGAAGAGGAUUUUGUGGUAGAAGAAGAUGACGACGACAUGUCCAGACUAGAGGAAGGUGAACCAGUCCCCUCAGAUGCAGAACUGGACGCCGCAGACAGCUCGGACUCAGACAGUGACGAUCAGAGUGAGGAAUCAGAUGAGGAGGGGGGCACUGUGCCUACACUACUCAAACGGCUACAAGAUGACGGAUUUGGAGACCAGCUACAGUGGAUUGCGUCUGGUUUAGAGAGAACGGCAGAGGAUCGAGAGACAGAUGAAAGCGGGGAGUCAGUCCCGAUCGUGCCGCUGACAGAGGAGAGCGAGACCGCCAUGGAACACCGCACAUUCCAGAAACUCCUCAAGAUGGUCGGACUGGCUCCUCCCGCUAACGAACAGGAAUCCUUCUGGAGAAUACCUGGCUCCUUGUCCGCGGCCGAGCUCAGGAAAACGGCGGACGUCCUCACCGGGAAGGAGGCUGCGGACGACCUUCCGACCAAGAAACAGUCAAGCAGCAGGUACAAAGCCUUAAAGGAACUGGCCAAGAAACAAGGCAAGGAGAAGAAGAGGGGGAAACCAGCCAGACAAGAAGAAGAACCCCCUGCUGUCAGUAAGUCAGGAAAGAAACGGGCCCGACAACUGGACUCUUCAGAUGAAGACGACAAUGAAAGUGUGACGUCUGGUAGCUCCAAACGCAGCAGGAAGGGUUCCAGUAACUAUGACCAGGAGGAGAGCAUGGCUGCAGAGGGAGAAGAAGACAAACCUUCAGAGGAGGCCACAAACAUGAAGAACACCCUGGACUCAGACUCAGAUUCUGAGGAUGACAACGUACCUUUACGUCAGAUAGCACACGCUCGCCCGCGUAUUGAAAGCUCUGACAGCGAAGAGGACAAGUAGCCAAAGAUCCUGUUACAAAGUAGUCAAAUUUUUCAUGCAUUUUCUUUGUAUGUUGUAAUGAACAUGUGCUAACUUUGUUGUACAACUUUGAAUGAACAAAGACCCAUGAUUGUAGCAAUUGUGAAUGUAUCUACUGUAACUUUAGCCAAAGAUACAAAGUAGCCAAAUCCUUAUUGUUAGCAUUUGUAGUGUUACAGUAUUUUGUGUUGAUUUUGGUGUACAACCGUUGAAUGAACAAAAGAGCAUUGUAGCAAGUAGAUAUUCCUUUAACAUUUCUCUGCCAGUUUACAUAUGUCUGCAACUUUGAAAACUUAAUAUGUGUUUGAACUUUGAGACACAUUUUUGUUGGAGGAAUUAUGUUUGUAGCCAAAGACACACUUAUGAAAUAGCCAAAUUUCUUCAUCAUUGUUGUAGUAUUGUGCUUAUGUUGGUGUGGAUAGAAUCAACUCCAGUUACAUGUAUAGUUUAUAUGUUGUGUGAAAUCCUGAGGCACCUUUAAAUCAAUUGAAAUCUUGAGUAACUUCAGAUUUGUGCAGCUUAAGAGUUAUGUAAGCUUUUUCUAGUCUGGACCAAGUGUCUGUUACCAACACGUAUGUAAGAUCCAACAUGUACAUUGUGAGAUGCACUUUAUAGUUGAUCAAAUCCUUGAAUGUCUUCAGACUCAAGUUGCAGACUUUCUCUAGCAAUUCACACUAGAGGCAGAACUUCAACAAUUACAUGUAACCAGUACCAACACCUUUGUAAGGUAAAACAUGAUCAAAUCUUUGAAUAUCUUCAGAAUUGAACAACUGAUACAUUAUAUUAUUAGUAAGAGUUCUCACCUUUAUACCAUAGUCAAGAUUGUUGUGUAUACUAGUAUGUUCCUAACACCUUUGUAUUGUAAGAGACCUGUACAUUGUGAAACGCACCUUAACUUGUAACUUAGACAUGUAUUGUCAAGACUAUUACUAGUAUGUGUAUGUUUCCAACACCUUUGUAUGGUUAGACAUGUACGUUGUAUAAAUGCAGCUUAAACAUGGUCAAACUCUUGAAACUUAUACAAUGUAUUAGAGAGAGUCUCACUUAAUACUAUUGUCAAGACUAUUGUGUGUGUGUUACUAACACCUUUCUGUGGCAAA